CCAACAGUUUAAGUUAGUUUUUAGUUCAAACAAAUUCGAGGUUUGGGUGAGCACAACAAACUUCCACACGACUACACCUGUAAUGUUUUGAGACUCAUGAUUCACCGAUUCUUUUGUUGCAAUGGUAGUAUAGCUAUAGCUACAACUUUGCCAGACUUCAUUUUGUUAGAUCCAAAAACCCAAUUUUUUUCCCUAGAAAAGAGAUCUGGAUAAAAUAUCUUGCUUCUUAUUGACUGUUAAAAACCUAGCUGGCGUAAUAGUACCACUCCAGCAUUUAAUUUUAUUUUUGUUGCCAGUGUCAAUGUUUAAUCUCCAAAAAAAGCUGUGAAGUGCAAAGUGCUGGGUAAAUAAUUUUUGUAAAAAUUUUUGAAAUUGUAUUAUGGUAGGUGGCUAGCUAUAAACAAGGGUAGAAAGUCACUGAAAAUGAUUGUAUAUAACAGGAUAAGCUCAAGCAACUUUUAUGAAUAAAAUUCACAUUUUUAAGCCGAUAACUUUUAAACUUUCCCGAAUUAUACAAAACAGUGCUUUCAAUUUUAUUGACUUCGCUAAAGAAAAGGCACUGUAGCUUAGUGGUUAUGUUCUGCCCAGAUUGCAAAAAAUGCCCUGUUGAUGAACAAGACAGCUGAAUUAUGUAUGCAUGACCCUAUUAUGUGUUUUUUGCUCAGAUUAUGUCGUGGUGACUGGAUUAUGAACGCUAAUGUAAUGGCUGGCCAGGCAGGCUGUGAUUGGCAUUUUCUUUGAUUUUUUGUGAACGAAACAUUGACUAGCAGGCCAUUUCGUGGCCGCUAUCUUUUGAAGAAUUUGUUUCUUUUUCCUUUCAAAUAUUGAUAUUUUAUUUUGUUUGUUCAGUUUGGGUUAAUGUGGAGAUUAGCGCUAUAAAUUUUUUUUAAAAAUGUCUGAAAAAAGAACGAAAGGAAAUAAAGUUGAAUUAAAAACUUUUGAAAGUUGGCGUAAAUCAAAUAUUCUUGGUUGGAAGACAGAGGAAAAAGAUGGAAAGGUAUUGGUGAACUAUGGUUGGUGUAAAGUUUGUGCGAGGUCUUCAAUCAACUGUUAAAUGUAGUAUGGACGAAAUAAAUUUUUUUUUCAAACUUCAAGAAAAAGUUAUUUUUAUUCGAACCUUGAGUUGCUCGAAUUCCGUAUUUGUAUGGAUUGGUGAUAGCAAUUUAACGUUUUCAAAUUUAUCAGUAGCAGCGUGUACAAAGUUUUCAAAAGUACCAUCUGCUGUGACCUUACUUGGAAAUAGCAAACCUGAUUCAAUUGCUCAAAAGUUAAGCAAACGUCUCAAGAAACAAGUACUACUCAGUUGGAACUUUCACUCAGAACCAUUGUCAGAAAGUCUAGACGAAGAUACCAUUUUUAGGGAAAUUGUCAAGAAGUUUAAGGAAUAA